AUGAUUGAAGAACUUCUGUCUAAUAUCUCACCCUCAAGGGCAGCCUUGGGGUUGGGCCUGGGUCUGGUCGUCCUCUUUUGGGUGAUGAAACUCCGUGUUGCACGUCAGAUCCAUUUGCUAGGAGGAAAGUCACCUGAGAUUCCAACUCAUCUUCCUGUUGCCGCCGACUUCAUCUUUGCUUCGACACAAGCAGCCAAAAAGAACCAAGACCUUGCAUUCUGGAAACAGAGCAUGGUCCAAGCCCAGAAAUCCAAUAAGCUAGACUUUCUACCCUUUACAGCAGAGAUUAAUCAACUAGUCUCAAACCGCCUCAUCUUCACUAUUGAGCCAGAAAAUAUCAAGGCCAUCUUGACCGGUCAAUUUCACGACUUUGGCAAGGGAGAAACCUUCCAUCGGGAGUGGAAAGAGUUUCUAGGUGAUAGUAUAUUUGCUACUGACGGGGAACUGUGGUCUUCGUCCCGCCAUCUUCUUAGACCCAUGUUCAACAAGGAUCGUAUCGUCGACACUCAGAUCUUUGAGACUCAUGUCCAGAAACUCAUCCAUCUCUUUGGCGGUAGCGGGAAUGCGAAUGGCAGUAAGAUAGUCGAUGUUGGAGGUCUAUACUUCCGGUUUACUUUGGAUGCGGCUACGGAUUAUCUUCUGGGAAAGGGAACCGACAGUCUUGAAAACCCUGAGACGAGGUUUGCAGAGGCUUUCCGUUAUGUGCAAUCACGCCAGGCAAUUUAUUUCAGAAUGGGACCACUCAGCCCACUCCUCUCGCGAAAGAAAUUCCGUCAAGAACUACAAGUCAUGGAAGACUUCAUGCAGCCGUACAUCCAAACAGUUCUCUCUCUCAGUGCCGAAGAACUAGAAAAGAACCUCUCCAAGCGAGAGACCUUUCUCGACGCCCUCGCAAGAUUCACCCGCGACCCUCGUGUCCUCCGUGAUCAAAUCGUCGCCGUGCUCCUUGCAGGCCGCGACACAACCGCCGGCACCUUGUCCUUCUGUACAUUUGAAUUAUCUCGCCACCCGGAAGUCGUCGCAAAACUGCGCCAGGAAAUCGCAGAACGCGUCGGCGUCGGCGCAGACGCCAGAAUCCCUACAUAUGGAGACCUUAAGGACAUGAAAUAUCUCAACGCAGUCAUCAACGAGACCCUCCGUUUCUAUCCCGUUGUCCCUUUCAACGUUCGCUACAGUCUAAACGAUACAACUCUCCCCCGCGGCGGCGGUCCAGACGGCCAAUCCCCUGUCGGUGUCCGCGCAGAUACCCGUAUCGUCUACUCAACACUUCUGAUGCAGCGCGAAGAAAGUUUCUACGAUCAAAGCAAGGCCGAUAAGUACUACGACCCGGGUCAAUGGAUCCCCGAACGCUGGACAUCGGGCUGGCAACCGAAGCCCUGGCAAUUCAUCCCGUUCAACGGCGGCCCUCGAAUCUGUAUCGGACAGCAAUUCGCCAUGUUGGAAAUGUUGUAUACAAUUACACGGGUUUUGCAGGUUUAUGAGAAGAUUGUUGCUGUCCCGGUGUCGGGCCAUGAUAAGGUUGAGGAUCCUGUGCUGCGUUUUGAGGUUACAUUGUCCCCAGGGACGGAGAUGAAUACUGUUUUUUUGAGGGAAGGAGAAGGUCGGCCUUAA